AGUCCAUCGAGAGACAGAAGGGACGGUGGGAAUGGCCUGUGGGGUUCUGUACGCCUUCCUUCUCCUGGCCAUUGCAACCUCUCUCUUCAUGAGGAAGCUCAAGAAGAAGUCGCAGGACAAGCUUAAGCUCCCGCCUGGCUCCAUGGGAUGGCCUUACGUCGGAGAGACCCUUCAACUUUACUCGCAGGAUCCUAAUGCCUUCUUCGACACCAGAGAGAAGAGGUACGGCGAGAUCUUCAAGACGCGGCUGCUGGGUUGCCCCUGCGUGAUGCUGGCCAGCCCGGAGGCGGCGAGGUUCGUGCUGGUGACGCGAGCUCAUCUGUUCAAGCCCACCUACCCGAAGAGCAAGGAACAGAUGAUCGGCCCGUGGGCGCUUUUCUUCCACCAAGGCGACUACCACAUGCGGCUGAGGAAGCUCGUCCAGAGCUCGGUGGCGCCCGUGGCGCUUCGUGGCCUCGUCACCAGCGUCGAACGGAUGGUGGUCUCCAUGCUGGAAUCGUGGGUCGGUCGGGAAGUGGCUGCUUUCCAUGCAUUGAAGGAGUUCUCCUUUGAUGUGGGAAUCCUCGCAGUCUUCGGAGGUCGUUUGGACGAGCGGUCCAAGGCAGAGCUCAAAAAGAACUACUCCGACGUCGACAAGGGCUACAAUUCGUUCCCCACCUGCAUCCCUGGGACGCCGUACCAGAAAGCAAUCCAAGCAAGGAAACGACUGGGUAGGAUAGUGGGCGAUAUCAUGAACGAGAGGAGGAGGAAGAAGGGCGUGUGGGAGAACGAUCUGCUGGGCCAUCUCAUGGACUCCAAGGACGACAAGGGAGAGCUCCUGACGGACGACCAGAUCGCCGACAACAUCGUCGGCGUACUGUUCGCGGCACAGGAUACCACGGCCAGCGCCCUGACGUGGAUCCUCAAGUUCCUCCACGACGACCCCAAGCUUCUUGAUUCUGUCAGAGCCGAGCAAAUGGUCAUCCAGGAAAGCAACCAGCUUGGAGCUCGACCCUUGACAUGGAGCCAAACCAGAAGCAUGGUGCUGACUCACAAGGUCAUACUGGAGAGUCUGAGGAUGGCGAGCAUCAUCUCGUUCCCUUUUAGGGAGGCGGUGGCGGAUGUCGAGUACAAAGGAUUCCUUAUACCGAAGGGAUGGAAAGUGAUGCCUUUGUUCAGGAACAUACAUCACAACCCAGAGUUCUUCCGCGACCCAUGGGUGUUCGACCCCAGCAGAUUCGAGGUCGCUCCAAAGCCCAACACGUUCUUGCCAUUCGGUAGCGGAGCUCACGCCUGCCCCGGUAACGAGCUAGCCAAGCUGGAAAUGCUCAUUUUGAUCCACCAUCUGGUGACCAAGUACAGGUGGGAGAUCGUGGGAAGCCAGGGAGAGAUCGAGUACCGCCCUUUCCCUGUUCCCAAGCACGGCUUACCGGCCAAGCUGUGGAGGCGGCAGCAGUAA